CCUUCUCCUGCUGUGUGUGGCGAGAAAACGAUAGAUAGAAAAACGGUCUGCCUAAAACCGCAAAUCGACCUAGCGCAGACUAUUAAAUGUCGACCAAUUCUACCGUUCUGAAAAUGUGAUGGAUUAUAACGGUUUGCUCCCGGAAGAGCAGGUUCAAAUGCAUAAUCAAGGUAGAUAAGAGACGCGGAUAAACAAGGGGUAGGGGUAGCACGCGAGCGGAGAGCAAUUGCAGAAGACAAAGGUAACUGUGCUGCGAACUCUGUGAUGAAUUAACAGUCUAGAAGAGCAGCUGGGAGUGUGGAGGCACAGUUUGAAAAAAAAACUCGAGAGAUUGGCUUUUGAAAUGCGAACAGAGCGACAUGCUUUCUCUGUUUCUCUCAGUGGAAUCCACAAAUGAACUCUCGGCGGUCGGAAAGCAUAAAAACCCUAAUAUGACGAUGCCCUGAAAUGGUAAUGACAGUCAGUCGUUAGGUGAAGCUAAACCUUAAUGCUAGAGACAUAUAUGCUAUUCGUGGAUAGAAGCAGAAAACUAAACACAAAGAAGAGAUUCGUUUCAAAACACAUUACCAGGAAAUGAUGAUGCUUUGACAGGCUAUAUCUUAGAUGUUUGAAGGGACAUGCAUUUGAUUCUUUGCGUUCCAAGUCAGACAUCGAACUCAAGCCACGAACGCUGGCACUGAACUCUACGACGAAACGCACAAACCUCUGUAGAGAUUGCGUGGCUUUUCCCACAUUUUUCUCAUGCCAAGUGUGUAUACUUGAAGACUUCACAUGUUGAUGGAAGAGACUGACAUAGCUCUAACGACGCUAUAGUUUCGACGAAAGCACUCGACGGAUUGGCUGUCCAUUCACCUCAGCACCUCAGCACAGAGCGUUCUACCAGGCUCCCUUCAGCACUACGGACAGCUACCAAAAUGACACGGUUGCGCAAGAAAGCUUUCAUUGCACUUUUCUUAUUCACCCUCUUCAUCUUCGGGACCAUGAUGGGCCUCAGAACACUGAAACCCAGCGAGGGCUUCUCAGACCUGGCCCCGGGAAUGGGAGAGUUUGUGGGGGAAAGAGGAGGCGACCGGCGACGGCCAGUUUCAAACGACAUGGUAGUUUCCCCUGGUCAGUCCCAUCUAGCCAGCGACACCAAAGUCGUCUUCACAAAAUCCGACCGUGACUACAGUAUAUUCUACGACGUACAAAUCUUCUAUUACCUAUGGUACGGCAACCCACAGAUGGACGGUAAAUAUAUUCACUGGGACCAUGUUCUAGUACCGCACUGGGACCCUAAGAUCGCCGCCAGCCACGCCAAAGGAAGACACACUCCUCCAGAGGACAUAGCGUCGAGUUUCUACCCGGAACUAGGACCAUACAGUUCCAGAGACCCCGCCGUGCUGGAGUCACACAUGUCGCAGAUUGAAGCGGCUGCAGCAGGGGUACUGGUUCUGUCUUGGUACCCGCCUGGCAUUGCAGACAACCAUGGUGAGCCAUGUGAAGACCUGGUGCCUGCUGUGAUGGACGCUGCCCACAGACACAGCAUCAAGGUGGCGUUCCACAUCCAGCCGUACAAGGGACGGACUGACCUCAGCAUGCACGAGAACAUCAAAUACAUCAUUGACAAGUAUGGGAACCAUGGUGCCUUCUACCGCUUCAGGUCAACCAAAGGGCGGAUCCUUCCUCUGUUCUACAUCUACGACUCCUACCUGACCCCGCCGGAGGCCUGGGCCGACCUGCUCCACCCCGCCGGCACCCACACCCUCCGCGGCACGCCCUACGACGGCGUCUUCCUCGCCCUGGUCGUAGAGGAACGCCACAAACACGACAUCCUGGCCGGUGGCUUCGACGGCAUGUAUACAUACUUCGCCUCCAACGGCUUCUCCUUCGGCUCCUCUCACCAGAACUGGAAGGCGGUCAAGGACUUCUGUGACGGUAACAACCUGCUGUUCGUGCCCAGCGCCGGGCCGGGAUACGUCGACACCGCAGUGAGGCCAUGGAACAACCACAACACGAGGAACAGGGUCAACGGUCGCUAUUACGAGACCAGCCUACAGGCUGCGCUGUCGGUGCGGCCGGAGAUCGUGACCAUCACGUCCUUCAACGAGUGGCAUGAGGGGACACAGAUUGAGAAGGCGGUGCCCAGGAAGACGGUGACCCGGCUGUAUCUGGACUACCAGCCCCACCGGUCAGAUCUGUACCUGGAACUCACCAGGAAGUGGGCCGAACACUUCAACAAGGAGAAAGACAAGUGGCUCAUGUAGAGGACAGGAGUCCUGACUGGACUGGGUUGAUGGGAAUAAUACCUUUUGGGUGUGACUGGAGCAAGUAUAACUGAGGAGCUUUUCACACUAUUGAGCUGAGCCAAACCAAGCUGUACUGAGCUGUCCUGGUUAGUGGUUACUAUCCACCACAGUUGCUGGAAACUGCUGAAAAGAAAAAAAAAUGGAAAGAAAAUAGCACAGCCAAAACAGUUUGUUUCAGCAUGGUAGUGAGAAAAGGGUAGGAGUGGCCUCAUUGCUGGGUAUUCUGGGUCCUUGUGAAUAUAAACCAUAUUUAUUUUGACAGUGAAGCAAAAAUGUGUUAAUUUGGCCCCAUACUCCAGCAUUUUGGAUUUGAGAUCAAAUGUUUUUAAUAUGAGGUGACAGUACAGCAUGUCACCUUUUAUGUGAUGGUAUUUUCAUACAUAUCUGUUUUACCGUUUAGAAAUUAAACACCUGAAUGUAUCGAGUCCCCUCCCCAUUCAAAUACAUUUUUUUCUUCUCAUAAGUAUUUGGACAAAUUCACUUAUAGCAUAUUAAAGUAUUCAAAAGUUUAGUAUUUGGUCCUAUAUUCAUAGCACGCAAUGACUACGUCAAGCUAGUGACUAAACUUGUUGGAUGCAUUUGCAGUUUGUUUUGGUUGUGUUACAAUUUGUUUUGCCCAAUGGUGAAUAAUGUACUGCAGUCACUUUUAUUGUAAAUAAGAAUAGAAGAUGUUUCUGAACACUUCUACAUUAAUGUGGAUGCUGCCACGAUUAUGGAUAGUAAUGAAUAUAUCCUGAAUAAUGAUGAGUGAGAAAGUUAGAGGACCAAAGAUCAUACCCACCCCAAAAAUGCUAACCUCCCCUGUUAUUGGUAAUGGUCAGAGCUUAGCAUAUCAUUUUUUUUGGGGGGGGGUAUACACUUUUGUCCAAAUACUUAUAAGAAUUAUUUUUGUAUUCAAAUGGGGGGACUACAUACACAAAAGUGCUUUCAUUUCUAAACUGUAAAACAGAUAUGUAUGAAAAUGCCCUCAAAAAAAAGGUGACAUUCCGUAGUCGCCUCAUAUGAAACAUUUGAUCUCAAUUCCAAAAUGUUGGAGUAUAGAGCCAAAAUGUACACAUUUUAUCUUCACUGUCCAAAUAAAUACAAGUAGCGUAUGCUUUUUACUGGAGCAAAUGGGACUGAGACUGCUCACACCAUUGACUUAGCAACAAUUCCACCUGGCCUAUCAGAGGGCAAGAUGAAGGUUCCACUAUAUUGCUUACACCUAUCCAAUCCUCUCAGAUCUGCAAAAGCAUCUAGGGGGAGGGGGCACACUCAUGAUUGAACCGGUCUCUGUUUUCGUCAACUCUUCUGUUCUUCUCUCAAAUGAACUUUUCCAGUGAUGUGAAUUUCAUCCCGAUACCAGUUAUUAUUAUUUUUUUUACAUCUGAAAACACAACACAAAUACUUGUGUACAAAGUUUCAUUGGUUGGUUUACGUCAACCUAUGUUAGUGCCAAGAAAUAGCCUGUUUUGAGUGACUUAAGUCUAUUCCUUUCAGAAGAGUUCUGUUGUGAUGAACGCCACAGUAAUAAUAUAGCAACUGGGGUUUGUGUAGUGUGGGUGAGCUUUGAGACUUUCUGACAUUGAGGACUUAUUCUUUCCUGUAUUACUUUUAAAUGGUGAAAAAUAAACGUAUUGUCUGGUUA